AUGAGAAGCCAGUCAAAUGUUGUUAAUAUCGAUCAACAAGAACGUCCAAUUAGAGAUACAAAUUCAAGCACAUCUGAAGAUUCAGAAGAAAGUUUGCCUGAUUCAUUUGAAGAAGCUAGAGCUCCAUUAACAAGGCGACCCCAAUCCGUUCAAGAAGACGAAAUUCUCAAUGAUGUCAACGAGGAAGGAAACGAAGAAAAUGCUCGCGAUGACCAGCCUUUUACUAAAGAAUUGACUAAAAGCAAACGCAAAAUUCCUAAAGAACGACGAAAGACUGGGUAUGCCUUCCUUCUACUUGUAUUUGCUGGAUUUUUGAAUGAUUUUGUUCUUUCCUAUAUUCACGAACUAAUUCCCGAAUCGCCUCCACUUCCAGAUUUUGCAUUUUCAAUUUUGCCUUAUUGGCCUUGGGCAUUGAUUGUCUCUGAAGUUUUGAUGAUUUCAUCUUUUUCUGCAAUGCUCACAGUUGCAAUUCUUCAUAAAUAUAGAUGGGCAGUUCUUCGGCGAAUUUUUACAAUUGGAUUUUUACUAUAUCUUGGUCGCUGUGCUACUAUGGCAAUUGCUGAUCCCAAUUAUUAUUGCUCUCCCAAAUUGAAACCUGAAGAAAGAACUUUUUGGAAUAUUUUGAUUCGUGCAUUAUCCGUCUUAAUUGGACUUGGGCUUAAAAUAAAUGGAAGACAUACACUUUGUGGUGAUUAUAUUUAUAGUGGCCAUACUAUUGUACAUGUUUUGUGUUAUCUUUUUAUUAAAGAAUACAGUCCUCGUCGUUGGCUUCCUCUCCAUAUUUUGGCAUUUGCUUUUUCUAUUGUUGGUGUUUUAUCAUUGCUUUUUUCGCGAGGACAUUAUAGUAUUGAUGUAAUAAUCGCUUAUUGGAUUACUACGCGUAUUUUUUGGUUUUAUCAUACACUUGCUGAUUUUGACGAGCUUCGACACAGCUUUAAUGGCAGAAAUCGUUUUGUAAAUGUUAUUUGGUACCCUUUGUUUAAUUUUAUGGAACAAUCUGUGCAUAGACCGAUACCUAGAAAAUAUGAAUUGCCUUUUAAACUCCCUGCUGGUUUAAUACGUUAUUGGCAACAAAGACGUGGACGUUCAAAUUCGGCAGGAUAUUUAAUUGUUUGAAAAAUUUGGUAUUUUUACUAUAAUAGGAAACAAAAAAUUAUUUUUAAAUUAAAAUAUUGAUUGUGAACAAGGGCGCAUUCAGUAAAAAUUUUUUUAGGAAAAAUGACUUUUGGUCUUUAUUCGUAGUUGGCCGAGAACCCCAAAAAUUUUAUCCGAUAUUUUUAUUUUUCUACAGUUUGGGUGGGAGGGAGGGGUCCACUGGAUGCGCUCUUUUCCCCUAAUAUUGCUCAUUUAUUCUCUCAUACGGCCUAACUACUUUAAAAAAUUAUAUUACUUUAAAGCCUAUAUUU